UCUGCCUGCGACGGUGGUGUUGGGUGCAUCCCGCGCCACGUGAUCGCCUCCCAGCCAACCAAUGGAGGAGCGAGGCGGAAAAUUUCGAAUGUGGCGGCGGUAGUUCCAGGCUACGGGGGACGGUGGUACGAUCCCGGAGGGGCCAGGAGGCGGGGCUCGCGCGUGGCGGGAGAGCUUCGAGAGCCUUGAAAUGUGAGGAGGAGGAAGAUAGCUGUUGCAGAAGUAGUGGCCAAGGUAUCGUUCUGGACGCGCCUGCGGCAGGAGGGUCGCCGCGUCCACUUCCGCCAACCCCACCUCCCCUCGGCCUUCCUGGAGUCCCGGAAAGAGGAAGAAGUAGGUUUUAAGGCAAAAUAUGGCCAAGGAAAGAUGCCUGAAAAAGUCCUUUCAAGAUAGUCUUGAAGACAUAAAGAAGCGUAUGAAAGAGAAAAGGAAUAAAAACUUGGCAGAGAUUGGCAAACGCAGGUCUUUUAUAGCUGCACCAUGCCAAAUAAUCACCAACACUUCUACACUGCUGAAAAAUUACCAAGACAACAACAAAAUGUUAGUUUUAGCUUUGGAAAAUGAGAAAUCCAAAGUGAGAGAAGCCCAAGAUAUCAUCCUACAGCUGAGAAAAGAAUGUUACUAUCUCACAUGUCAGCUAUAUGCAUUGAAAGGAAAACUUACAUCACAACAAACAGAAGAAACUGCUCAGAACCAGGAAAUAUCUUCCUCUGGAAUGGACCCCAAUAGUGAUGACAGCUCCAGAAAUUUAUUUGUGAAGGAUUUACCGCAAAUUCCUCUUGAAGAAAGUGAACUUCCAGGAAAAGGAGAAUCAUUUCAAAUAGAAGAUCAGAUACCUACUAUUCCUCAAGACACACUGGGAGUUGAUUUUGAUUCAGGUGAAGCUGAGUCCACUGAUAAUGUCUUACCUAGAACUGUAUCUGUCCGUAGCAGUUUAAAGAAACAUUGUAACAGUGUAUGUCAGUUUGAUAGCUUGGAUGAUUUUGAAACCAGUCAUUUGGCAGGGAAGUCUUUUGAAUUCGAAAGAUUUGGCUUUUUAGACCCACUAGUAAACAUGCACAGACCUGAAAAUGUACAACACAAUGCUUGUCAAUGGAGCAAGGACCAAGUUAACUUAUCACCAAAGCUGAUUCAGCCAGGAACGUUUACUAAAACAAAAGAAGAAAUUUUAGAAUGUAAAUCUGAACAAACUAAAAGUAAGCAACGAGAUACACAAGAAAGAAAAAGAGGAGAGAAAAGAAAAGCUAACAGGAGAAAAUCAAAACGUAUGUCAAAAUAUAAAGAGAAUAAAAGCGAAAAUAAAAAAACUGUUUCCAAAAAAAAAAUGCACAAAUCUGUCAGUUCCAAUGAUGCUUACAAUUUUAAUUUGGAAGAGGGUGUUCAUCUUACUCCUUUCCGACAAAAAAUGAGCAAUGACUCUAAAAGAGAAGAAAACAACGAGUCUGAAGUGAGCCUCUGUGAAUUGAGUGGUUCAGGAGAUGAUUCCGAUGACCUCUAUUUGCCCACUUGCAAGUACAUUCAGAAUCCCACCAGCGAUUCAUAUAGAAGACCAGUUACCAGGCCUCUAGCUAAAAGAGCACUGAAAUAUACAGAUGAAAAAGAGACAGAGGGUUCUAAGCCAACAAAAACUCCUACUAGUACACUACCUGAAACUCACCAGUCACCUCAUCUUACCCUGAAGGAUAUCACCAAUGUCUCCUUGUAUCCUGUUGUGAAAAUCAGAAGACUUUCUCUUUCUCCAAAAAAGAAUAAAGCAAGCCCAGCAGUGGCUCUACCUAAACGUAGGUGCACAGCCAGCGUGAACUAUAAGGAGCCCACCCUCGCUUCGAAACUGAGAAGAGGGGACCCUUUUACAGAUUUGUGUUUUUUGAAUUCUCCUAUUUUCAAGCAGAAAAAGGAUUUGAGACAUUCUAAAAAAAGUAUGAAACAAAUACAAUGAAGGUUUUAUUGGAUAUUGUUUAAAUUCAAUCUACACCUCUUCCUGUUGCUUCAGGAGAGGAUCUGUAAGAGUACACAAACGGAGUGAGCCAUUGCCAUAGAAUAUUCUCUUGACAGGACCCUAGCUCAUAAACAUUUCUUCAGAACUAUACUUCAAAUGGGAUGCUUUGUAUUAAAACUUUAAUAAAUUUAUUUUUUCUUUUGAAUAUAAAUAACUGAGCUUAAGCAUUAUCAUCAUAUCGAUUUCUUAUGCUGCCUAAACCUCUUAAUUUUAGUCGAAAUAUAUCUUUUUUUUUUUUUUUCGGAGGCAGAAUUUCAUUCUUGUUGCCAGGCUGGAGUGCAAUGGCGCAAUCUCAGCUCACCGCAACCUCCGCCUCCCAGGUUCAAGCGAUUCUCCUGCCUCAGACUCCCGAGUAGCUGGGACUACAGGCAUAUGUCACUACGCCCAGCUAAUUUUGUAUUUUUAGUAGAGACAGGGUUUCUCCAUGUUGGUCAGGUUGGUCUCGAACUCCCAACCUCAGGUGAUCUGCCCGCCUCGGACUCCCAAACUGCUGAUUACUGAGCCACUGCGCCCAGCCCAAAAUGUAUCUUAUACAAACAUUGUAGAAAUGAAUAAUGAUUACUCAAAUUAAGAUCUUUUAAUCAUAAGCUUCUGGCAUCUCUAUUUUUCCCUUAAGUAGGGGAUACUAAAGUGAAUGAUUUUCUAAGAGGAUCUUUUGAAACUCUUUAGUACAAUAUUUGAGUAAAAUAAAUUAUUGUGGAUCUUUUGAAACUCUGUGUAGUAUUCAAGUAAAAUAAAUAUUUGACAUUUACAGUAGGGUACAUGCUAAGUUGUUUACGAAUUCCUUAUACCACUGUUGUAUUUAAUUUUUCAGAUAAAAUACGUAUGGGAAAAUGACUAGAGAAAUUGAUUCUUUUUUAGGCCCAGGGACAAGAUAAGUGACUAACUGUGAACCCCAAGCUCUAAUUGUAUGUUCAGAGUGAUGUCUCAAUAAAAUUACAAAUGUUAUGUACUUUCAGGAUAGCUCCUUAUUUAGUCAGAAAUCUCAAAGAUUAAAUGUGUGAAUAUUUAGGGUUUUUGCAUAUUUUUGAUCAACCAAUGAAAGGGAAUCAGUUCAGUUCAGAAAGUUUGAUGUCUAUACUUGUAUAUACCUCUUUAAAUUUUAGAACUUUGUAGGUUAUUCAUUUUUAAAGAGCAAUAAAGUUUGUAUAAGAUA